AUGGGUGUUCCGGCCCACAACCUCGAUGCCCUUGAGCAGCGCCGAUUAACGCUCGAAGACAACAUUCUUAAACUACAAAAGUCUCUCUACCACUGGCGAACCUGGGAAGCAGAGUACGAUGGCCUUCGCGACGAGAUCAAGGACUUGCCGAGCUCAGCCACGUCUGAAGACUUGUUCGCCGUGGGACAGGAUCUUGGCGGUUCUUUGGUGACCGAGGAGGAACUACAAACUAUUAUUGGGACGCGGUCUCGCGGACAGGUGGUUGAUCUUCUCGGUCGACGUAUCGACUAUGUGAAACAGAAUGUUGCGACUAUGGAGAAGAGACUACGCGCCGCUGAAGACGAACUUUCCGGGUUGGACGAGAGUGAAAGCGUACCCACUGAGGGCGGUGCGGAUUUUCCGAUGCGGGAGAUUAUGGAGGAGCUGGAUGAGGACGGAGAGGUCAUUGCUAGCUCUGUUAAUGCCCCAGGUGAUCAGGCGCCUCAGCUUUUGGAAGUUUUGAAGAAGGUUGGCGUGGAGAAUAUCCCCGAGAAAGCAGGUGCGAGCGAGGGGUCAAGCAAGGAUUCCUCUGCUACGGUUGAGAAGAGUUCCAAUGCACCCAAUACGGAGACAACAAAACCUCAGCAAAACGGCAUUUCGAAUAUACAUACCACUGUACCGGAAACAAAUGGCUCACAGGAAGAUGAACUGGAUCUCUCGAAGCCUGUGUCCAUCGUGACAGAACAAGACCGCCAACAACUCUCCACUACCGACAUUGACGAGUCUGAGGAAGAUGCGAGGCUACGCCGCGAAAUGAUUGAAUAUGGUAUAAACGAAGUGGGCGCUAUUGUUGCCGAGUUAGAGCUGGACGAGGACGCAAGCGAUGUGUCAUAUGAGGAAGACUACACCUGGGCUACGGAUGAGGAGGAUGAGGAAGAGGACGAAUUCGGUCGGACUCGUACGGAGUUGACCGAUGAUUAUCACGAACAAAUGCGAGAGCUGGAGUCCAAACUCAAUGCUCGUGGAAUGUGGAACAUGGGCAAGGACACGCAGACAUUCCCGAGUGAAGUACAACAAGAAAUUCAAGAGCCCGCCCCGGCAAAUGAUGUUCCGGUUGAAGAGAUUGCCGACAGCUCCUCCAAGGGCAAGAAACCGAAGAAGCGGGUAGCGUUUGCAGAUGACCUCGAUAUCGCUCCUGCUCCGAAAGCACCACAGAUUCAACAGAUCCCGGAUACCGAGCGUAGGACUCUUCCACCCAAGCCUGAGCCUUCUCCAUUGUCAGAUGCCAUCAUUGAGCGCACAGAUCGUGUACAAGAUUCCAAGUUAACUGCAUCUGCUCCGCCUAAGAAGGCCUCUCGGUUCAAGAGUGCUCGAUCAACUCCCUCGAGCGCUGAGACAGACACCCCCGCUAAAGCUGCACUGGAUGUUGUACCGACUGUCGCAGACACCCGCGCUGCCCAAACACAAGUAAAUGCCACUCACCCGACCACAUCUCUACCGUUAUUCCCAGCCAAAUCUCAAGAGCCCAAGCCUUUCUCCGCUCCUAUCAGUGAUUCUAUUGAAGAAACCUACACCGGUCCUCGGCCACCAGAAGGAAAAACUCUUGCGAACAAGCUAGUUGAACGAGAAAUCGCUCCUGGAGCAGCUAAAGCACCAGAGACGGAGGAGGUGGACGAAGAAAUGCACCGUCGUGAAAUCGCUUCUGAAUUUUACAGAAUGCGAAACCAUAUGAUCCAGAAUAACGGUGGCUUCUUGAACGAAGAGGAGCAGGCAAUGAUCCCCAUCGAGACUGACGAGCCACCAAAGAGGGUCAGCAAAUUCAAAUCUGCUAGGAUGAGGUAA